GGCAGGCUACAAAUAUUGAUAAGCUUUCUUCGUUACUGAAUUUACACAAUUUAAAGAUGAGAUUUAUUUAUUAUAAUCGGAGAAUAUAAGAAGUUCAGGAAGUUUUAUAAACUGCAUAUCCUUAAUCUUACCCUGAGAGUUUCCAGGAAGCAAAAGAGGCCUGAAAUAUGUCUUGGUUUUUCCUCUUAUUCUUGCUCGGUUUCUUGUUUAAUAAUUUCUCCGAGAGUAGCCAUGAUCAGAAACAAUCUGCAGUUGUUGUUGGAACUGUCUACUGUGAUACAUGUUUCCAAGAGGAUUUCUCGAGGCCUAGCCAUUUCAUUUCAGGGGCAUCAGUUGCAGUGGAAUGCAAAGAUGGGACUUCAAGGCCAUCUUUUCGGCAAGAAGUGAAAACCAAUGAGCAUGGAGAAUUCAAAAUUCAUUUGCCUUUUUCAGUUAGCAAACAUGUCAAGAAAAUCAAGGGAUGUUCAGUGAAACUGAUUAGAAGCGGUGAGCCAUACUGUGCUGUGGUCUCAAGAGCAACUUCGUCUUCACUCCAUCUCAAGUCAAGAAUGCACGGAACUCAUAUUUUCUCCGCUGGGUUUUUUACCUUCAAGCCACUUAAACGACCGACCCUAUGUGGCCAAAAACCAAGUAUUCAAAAUCCAAAACAACUCAAAAACAAAGAACCUCCAGCACAAAAUGUACUCCAUCCUGACUGUUUCUUAUCAACACCAUCAGUUUUUCCACCUGAUGACCCUGUUAUAAGAUUAUUGGCUUUCGGACUGAAAGCAAUAAAUGAGGGGUUGAUAACUUUUUCAAGUUUACUGGCUGACAUGAAUUCAGACGCAAGAGUGAAGAUGUCAUCUUUCACUAAAUGCUAA